UAUACAUAUAACAAAAUAAUUAUAUGAUGUUGUCGUGUCUACUGUGUAGCGUCCCGUCUAUUUAUCUUUCUUUAUAAAAACUAGUUUUAGGACAAAUCCUUUUAGAUAUAAGUGUAGAUUGCGUGCUAUUUGUAGUUAAUAUAAAAUAAUUAAAGUACAAGGUUAAAAGGUAGCAGAAGUGUUUUUAAAUUCUAACAUGGAUAGAAAUAUGAGAUCAAGUUAUGUGAACAGCGGGCCAAGAUCUUUGCCGCACAUGGGCGGGGGAAAGCGACACAAUGCCAAUGGUCACAACGGAGCACGCCUCAGUCCCCCAGCACAGAUGCCUCCCGGACUACACAAUAACAAUAACCAUAACAAUAACAACAACAACAACCAUCAUGAUGAUCUCAUUAAUUAUAUCUAUGAUUCUUGGAAUAAGGUGACACGUGAACUAGAGAGAGGCAAUGAGGAUGCUAAAUACUACCAGGAGGUGAUAACUCCUCGACAGCUGGCUAACUUCAGACCGUUCAAUUUGGAGGAGUGGUGGGGCCGGCGAGUGGUUCAGACAAUAAACCGCAAUAAACACCGCUCUUAGUUACAGCAAUCUUAUGAGAUAUUAUCUCAUUGCAACAUUAUCUAACUUAUGAGAAAUGUAAGAACUCAAGAUUAACAGCGUAAGUAAGAAUUAACGAUAUGCAUUUUUAAUUAUAAACAAAUUUAACAGAAUAGUAAAAAAAAAAUUUUUUUUCAUAGCAGCAAAUUCUUUUUGAGCAGUAUUUUUGAUUUAAAUAAUAAGACUAUGCAUUACAAAGAAAUUGGCGGUGAUUUUUGUAAUUGGUAAGCCAUUUUGGAGGAGAUUUUACGAAAAACUAGACAUGUAACUUGAUAAAAAAAGUGCCUAGAAUCUGUUCCCGAUGGCUUUUAAUGCUGUAAAUCUUGAGAAAAAACUGUUACAUGUACAACAUUAAUUUACUAAUGUUAAAAUGUGUACUCAUUAAAAUUUAAGUAGACUUAAAGAAUAUUUAUCAAGAUUUUGUCUAAAAUUAGAAUGAUAGUUCACAGUAAGAUGUUGACAAGAAAUGUGUCAAUUAAUAUCACAUCUUAAAAAUUUAAAAAUAUGUACCAAAACUUUAAUACAUAGAUAAGAUAAAUAUAGAUGUUGCAAUGAGAUACUGCCAUACUCAAGUUGUUUAAUGGUCAUUUAGCUUUCUUUUAGUGUAGACUUAAAACACUAAACACUCAAUCGCACGGGUCUUUUAUAACGUAGCGUUGACGGUUUUUUAACGCUCUGUCAUAUAAACAUUUUUAAAAUCUAUUAUUACGCAAAAUGCAAUGCUCCUUGAUACAAAAUGUCAUGUUUUAAAAGUGUUGCUAUAUAAAAUACAACAAACCCCUCUAUAACGCGGUUGAAGGUGGCGCAUUAAAGGAAUUUGCGUUAUUAGAAUAUUCCCGUUUUACACGUUUUUAACUGGGCAGAGACAAAUCUCGUUGUAGAGGGGUUCUUUUAGUAAAUUGUUGGGAAUAUUCGCGUUAUAUGUAUGAAUUAAGCGUUUUAUGGGAGCGCAUUAAGCAGACUUUACUGUACAUGAAUAUGCACUACUAUUUUAACGCUUUUUUAACGCGCGUUAUAAAAACACCCGUGCGGAAGGGGCUAAGGGACUUAUUUAAUGACAAUUAGAGUACUUUAAGUGUGGCAGAUAGUGUGAUAAUUUUAUGACAACUUUGAACAAUGCUCCCAUUUUUAUCUAUAGAGUGGUACAAACAAGAAAGACAUUACAAAUUUAUUGAUAGAUUGAUGUCGUAAUAAGUGGCAUUUAAAAAUAAUGUUGAAAGAAAUAAAAGCAAUAAGAAUAAAUUUUAACUUUUAAUAUUUUUGAAUAUGUAAGGAAAUGUAGUUUUUCAUUGUAACUCGAUAGUUUAUAAUUCUGUAAAAAAACGCAAAAAAGUGAUCUUUUUUUAGUAGAAAAUAGUUUCAGACAUAGAUUUUACUAAGUAGGUGUAUAAAGUUAGUCUGGAUUUCUAUUAUAUUAAGAAGUUAACGAGUAGUAUCAGCUAGUUUUGCGUAUAAUCAUGACUCGAUGUUAUAUUUAUCGUAAGUAGAGAUGUUCAUGUUACAGUUAUCGAUAGAUUUAUUUUCAUACAUAAAUCAAUGAUUCAAUUAUAAUAACGUUUAAUCCAUUUUUAUUAGAGAAAAUACAUUCAGUAUAGAAUAAUGCGUUAAGAUGGCAUUUAACAUGUUUGAAGAUAAAUAAUCGAUAUUUUAUUUUUGACGUAACAAUAGUAUUGAUAUAUGUAGAUGUAAAAUAUUAAUUAAUCACAGUGAAUUCUUAAUGUAAGUUUUAAUAGAUUUUCGGAUAAAAAAUGUAAAAUUCAGUUUCUAAUAUCGAUGUUUUUUCGAUCAUUGAACAUCUCUAAAAUGUUUAGAUCGCAUUUUAAACGUGUGGUCUCCGUUCAAUCUGUAAAAAAUAUAACCAUUUUUAUUCACUGCCGUAAAAGUAUAGUAACAUAUUUUCGUCCCUUUCAUUUACAUUAAGCGGAAAAGAGAUAGCAAUAUGUUUUUGUUUUGUGUUUCGGCAGUGAAAACUGAUGGUAAGACAUUCCAUAUCCGAACAGCUCGUACUUAGCAUUUGGAACGAAUGUACAUUGAAAGACGCAGCUCGUGUUGGCGUAGUCUACGAUUUUAAUAAUAUAUUUUACAACAAUAAUUAUUUCUUUAAAGUAAAUACAUAUUUAAGAUUUC